AUGUCGACUGACCACGAAAAGAACCUACUGAAGCAGAUCGCAGAGAUUGGAGCAGCCAUAAACAAGCGCAAACGAGAUGCAAUCCUGCAGAAAGUGAACGAGACAAGACGUGCCAGUAAACCGAGCGACACGAAAGUAUCUCAUCAAGCCAGCACAUCCUCUGGUGUCGCUUCCGCACAAGUAUCUGAGCACAGACGUGCUCGGCCGCCCCAUAGUGCCAUACCAGGGGGUCCCAAUAAGAAAUGGGUGGCCAAAGAGGUGGUGGAUACGUACAAGCCUAAACCGACUGCUAGUAGUGUAUCCGGCGCACAUGAAUGCACAUCCUCAGAACAUGUACAGCCAUACACAAGUACCACAUCCACUGAUGCCAAUAAGCAACUGAACGCUUACACAUCGUAUACUCAGACUCAGACACAUACACACCCAAGACCCCACUAUACACCACGCGCCAGACCUCCUGGGCCUAGGGGUCAGAAUGGGCAGGGGUUGACCUGGACGGCGCCUGGCGUACCCAAACAGCUACCACGAGGCCCUGCAUUGCCACGACCGCCCAGGGCACAUACCGGUGCCAGACCAUCCCGAGCCGUAUCAGCGGCCCACACAGGUACAAUUGCGCCAGCCGAGUGUCUGGUCAAGCCCUUAGCUCCAGCCGUGCCCUCAGCAUCAAACCUAUUAUGUACCACUAAUGCGCUACCGCAAUUCCCAAUUGUAGGCAAGAAAGCGCGGGUUGUGAGUAUCGGCACUACUUUGUUCGAUGUGGCUGAUGAUCUAUCCCGUUUGAGCCGACGUAUCCCCAUCGCAGUGGCCAGCGAUGACGAUGAUUUACCUGAGCGAGUGGUGAUUGGCGACCACGUCUACCAUCGAGCGGAUGCUAACGAGUACAAACGGAAUGAAGCGAAGUCGAAGUCAUACUGCAAGUUUUACAAUUUGUACGGCAGGAGAGGCUGUACGAAUGAUCCCUGCAAGUUUUUACAUGAUCCCGAUAAGAUAAUACUGUGCAGACCGUUUGUCACCGAGUUAGGAUGCAGCAUUUCUGAGGGCGACUGCCCGCUACAGCAUAUACACGACAAAGACCGGAUGCCGAUUUGUACAUCGUUUUUCAUUAAGGGAUCGUGUGACAGGGGAGACAAGUGCUAUGACCUCCAUCAGAAAAAGGGCCGCGAAAUUGCGGUCUGUAAAAAGUAUAUUAAUGGAUAUUGCCCAAAUGGCAUUGACUGUGAUGAACGUCAUCAUUGGAUUUGCCCCGACUUCGAGUUUAGGGCUUCUUGUGCAGCGGGAGAUGCCUGCCCUAUGCGGCACUACGAACUCAAACCAAAACCACUGAAAAGGAAGCAAAAUCACACCCCUCCAGGGUUCAGGAUACCUUACAAGAAAAUGAAGGACGCCUCGAAGGCUGACACGGCUGUUAACAUAUCUAUAAAGCCGAAUCUCGAGUCUGGUUUCCUACGUUUGGAUUCCGAUGUGGUACCAAUUGAAUUGUCCGCCAAAACUAAGCCAAUCGAAUUGGAGGAAAAGGACACGCCAGCCCUAUCUAUUCGGCCCCGAUUUUCAUUCUCACAGAAGCGGGAGUGA